AUACGAUAUGAUGCGAAAACGAGUGAUGCGGACCACUCACCAAAAUCUAUGAUUCCACAACACUGGAAGACAUCCACGUGUACACAUGAAAUGGCAACCUUCUUCUGCCGGAGACAGGCCGUGAGGCCCCGCUGUCAUGUCAUCAACAGCCGUUGUCCCAUUUUGUCUCCCGUCACCUUGAGAGCCUCCGUUCCUCCCCGGUCUGCCCAAGUCAUACCAACACCCCCGUCGCCCUCGUCGUGAAUGCUACGAAGGUCGCGUUCGUCCAGCGGAAUGGGGCUAUUGGAUGGUCUUCAAACCCUGCAAGGCGCCCCGCCGUCGCGAGAUGCCGGCACUAGCGAUCCGCCGCUCAACGAUGCCAUGGCCCACCUGUCCACCGGCGCCAAGUCGUUCUUCGGUGACUUCGGCUCCUCAAUCGGUGAUGGCGUCGACAAUCUCGGCGACGGUGUCAAGUCCUCUGUCAACUCGCUGCGGCGCAUGAUGGGCGACGAAUCCGUCGACGUUGACGUUGAGAUGCAGACCACGCAGCAGAUAUCUUUUUCGGAGGAAAUGGGCGCUAUGUUCAACCUUUCUUGGUUUCAAAGAAUUGCCCUUUUCGCCAUGGUCUUCGGCACGGGCGUCCUCAUGAUGUGUAUAUCCUUUUCCUUCCUCCCUGUCAUUGUCGUCGUCCCGCACAAGUUUGCCGCCUCGUUCACACUGGGCAAUUUGCUCGCCAUCUUCUCCACGUGGAUUCUCGUCGGACCAAGAGCCCAGCUCCAGGCAAUGUUUCAUCCCGCUCGCGCCGUCGCUGCGGGUAUUUAUCUUGCGUCACUGUUCAUUGCCCUGUUUGCUGCAUUCUUUGGCGGCAAGUUGCGCUAUAUUAUCGUCCUCGUCGCCGUCGUAGCCGAGAUAUGUUCUUUGGUGUGGUAUGCGCUGAGCUACAUCCCAUAUGGUAGGCAUAUGAUGUCUCGCCUCUUUGGACUAUUUGGCGGCUCCUAAAUAUUCCAAGCGUCAGAGGUCAUCGCGGCCGUCAGUGUCCGCAUUGGGCGUGACCUCUUUGUCGAACGGGGCUCUCGCACCAGGACGAACCCGGAGAGAUCGAAAGUUGGAUAAGGUCUCAGUGUAGACGCAGCUCAUGAAUAGCCGCGAACGUCGAUAAUCCACCUCACCCUCUUCAAGCUGCGAUCGCAAAGACAUCAUCCCGCCGCAUGAAAUAUCGGAUCCCACAUCCGCAACAGCAAGGAAGCAUUCCCGCAAGAGUUGACGAGUUUGAAUAGGCACAGAACCACGAGUUUCGUAUGUUAGUUCUGAUGCAUCGGCACCAUUUACACAACUCAGACCACGGCGGAGUUCAAGUGAGACGAAAGCCACAUGCGACUUGUGAGAGCAUAUCUGCGCUGUGAGGUGUCAUGCAUAGCGGACCCAUGGAGAUAGCCUUUCCUGUAAACCCUAUUAUCUUUGCACGACGUACCGGUUCGGAGUCGUAGACUUCCU